AUGUCUACCGCGAAGUCCUGGCUCAGUCGAAAGAAGCGCCUCAGCACCCUCCUGGGCAGUGCCGCUGGAGAUGAGACGGAGGAAGGUUUAGCGCUGGAUCGCUUGCUGCACGGCCAGGCCGUGAUCGGGAAGACCUCUAAGACCAGUGAGGUCGAGACUAUCCGCUUCGGCCAGAGCGAUCUCACCCUUGUCGGUGCGCUAGAGUACGGCCAAUACUCGGUGAUUGACGUCGUCAAAUGUAAUCUCGACUCGAAGGUGUAUGUGCGCAAGUCGAUAGAGAAGCGAUUCGCCUACAAGACUCGCGACCAAUGUAAUCCUCAAAUAGAGAAGGAGAUUCUGCUGAAGGCUCGGGAGCUCAAAUCAUCCUGGACUCCGCAUCUUCUGUGCUCCUUUCAAACGGAAACACACCUGAAUCUUGUCAUGAGCUACGCCGAGGGCGGGACCCUCUGGGAUGUACUGGAGUCGAGUCCAUACGACGGCCGUGUGCGUGAGCAGGACUUGCUGUGGUGGUUCCCACAGAUUGUAGCCGCUCUUGACUGGUGUCACGAACAAGGCUUUGCACAUCGAGAUGUCAAGCCGCACAACUUCGUCAUCGCAUCUUCCGCUCAGUUGCAACUGAUAGACUUUGGCUCUGCUGCACCUCUACUUCCGGCUGAGGCCGACGGCACGCGACUGGUUCCUCGCGAGCAUUGCAUGGUACCGUGCGGGACGUGUGACUACAUCGCUCCCGAGAUUCUGCAGGCUCAUGAGGCGGCGCUGGUCGCCUAUGAGAUGACCGACGAGGAUCUUGAAACCAGCACCGACAGGGCCAUGGCUUCUGGUGCUCGCAGUUACGGCGUGGAGGUCGACUGGUGGAGCAUGGGCGCAAUGUUGUACGAGAUGGCGUUCGGCGCUGCUCCCUUCUUCGCGAACGACAUCCGAAGUACAUACCAGAAGAUCGUCGAUCACAAGAAGAGCUCGCGUUUCAAGCAUGGCGGUGACGUGUCUGCGCCUAUGAAGGACUUCAUCAGCCGGCUACUCACAGACGCGGAGGUGCGCCUUGGGCGUCAUGGCUCUCACGAAGUUCGCCAACAUAAAGUAUUUCGAGACAUAGUUUGGGGGAACCUACGCGAGAAUCAACCCCCACCUGACAUACACCUACCUAUGUUCGCCUAUAAUACACCCGAAGGAGACGCGGACGCUCCACCAAUACCCGAAGACGUCCCCGCUCUCGACCACUCCGGUUCAACGGGAUCUGAAUCUUCCCACUCACAAGGCUUUCCAUUCUCCGCCUUCUUCCAGAGCAGCUCGCCAGCGCUAUCUAUACUACACUCCGCCCCGCGGCCGAACAAGUCUAUCAUGCGCGAACAAGUAUCAACCUUCUUCAUUGGCUUCUCUUGGGGUCCUCGACGCGACGCAUUCCCUGCUGGCAUCUCAACACCGUCUCCACCGGCACAUCAAACGCCGUACCAACUCGGUCGCUCUGUCUCUGGACCGCCCAGACUCGCACAGACACCUUACCGCGCAACCAGUGCAUCCGCAACAUCCAUGCGAUAUCCCUUCGUCACCCCUCUCCGCCCCUCCUCAGGUGCCUAUCGCGAGGGCAUGUCCACGCUUCCUCGCACGGCGACAAUCCGGCGCACCGCCCAGAGACGUGCCGUUUCUGAUCGUGAAGCCAUGCGGCAGCUCGUGGACUGUAUCGGCAUGAGCGCUCAGAAGAAGCUUCUCGCCGUUGGCCGUACACCUCGCACGAUAGGACGGACGGGCACAGCCAAAGCUCUCCGCUUUGUGCCUGCGCCCAUUGAGAUUGGGCUGGACUCUAUGCGACGUCCGCUUGCGGUUGGACAAGAGACCGUGAGCGAGGAUGAGGGGCGCAGUGCGAGCAUACGCAGUGCUUGGGGAGCAGGCCUUGAUGACGCAGCGAGUACAAGCGAGAGCGAGGGUGAAAGCAUCCCGCCUAGUCCAAGUCCAAGCCCGCGUCCAGGCUCAGCUAUGUCCAUGCUCUCUCGACGAAGCGCAACGCCUACAACUGGCACCUGGUCAUUACGCCUUCCCUCCGGAUACCUCAGUCGACGGUCAACCUCUCCGUCUGAGAUACUUCCCAAUACAACUACCGGUUCGUCUCGUGGUCUGCCGCCCACCCGGCCGCGCUCGGGCUCGGAACCUCUGCUGAGCGGUCCGCGCAUUGCUUCUACAUCUGCGCUUGCACCUCUUGAGCCCGUAGCGGAGUCUACCCCUCGACCUCCUCGCACGCAGUCGACCAUGAGUUCCAGAAGCGAGUCUCCCCCGCGCUUCGUUCCUAGUACACGAUCGAGGUCUCCGUCCUCUCGAUCAAGCACUAGGACACGGUCGAUCUCCUCUCGAGCUUCGAGAUCUUUGUCUCAAUCACCGGUGGACGCUUUCUCCGACGAGGAAGAUGAGCUCUCAUCUUUCGCUCCUCCCAUCGAGUCGACGCCUCGUCCUUCACGCUCACAAGCGGUUACUUGGGCUGUAUCAUCUACCCGCCCACCACCCACGACGACCCGCUCAGCCCCAGCCACUCGUCUCCCAUCCGCCGACCCUCCGCACCACGCACCCCGCGCCUCAUCGCUAGGCAGCAUACAGAACCUCGAAGUCCGCUACGAGAGCCUCAUGCACGAGCUCGACGUUCUCCAACGGCGUUUCGACGCCGCGCGCUCAGUACGAUCCCGGACUUCUUAG